AUGUUUCCUUUUUUCUAUUUCUCUAAGAAUUAUAAACAAUAUAAUAAGAAAAAGCUAUCACGAGAUAAUAAAUAUUCACAAAAGUCAUUAUUAGGUUUUGAGAAAGCAAUUGAUGAAUCCAAAGAAUGCUUUAAGCCUUCUCAUUCUUUAACUAUUUACCAUAAACGUUGGAGACCAAGUAUACUGGGUUUUAAAAAAUCACCAUUAAGAUUUUCUACAAAAUCAUCUUCAUACUCUUCAAGACUUUUUGAUAAAAAUUCCAAAGAUUUAGAUCUAAAUGGUGUUUAUAGAACUGAGACAGUAACGUCUUUUAGCUCAAGAUCAUCAGAAAAUAUAUGUAUUUCAUCUUAUGCUGCUAAAGUAGAUGGUUUUAAAAUAUUUAAAUCAAAGCCAUCCUUGUACUUAAAAGAAAAAGUCAAUGCUUCUGGAAACGUCUUUUCUAUUAAUUCUAAUUUAAAACGAAGUUCUUUAAAUAGUUGUAUUUCUAGUCUUGCAGAUGAAAUGAAUAAUACUGAAAUUCGGAUACUACUUGAACGUGAUCAGAGACGAAGGAAAAAGAAUAAAGUAUCUGAAAAAGUGCAAUCAGAUGAUUCCAGGAAAGAACACAGUUCAAUUGUAGAGGCACUAUCAGAUAAAAGACUUUUUAAUAUUAUAUCACCAAAUCAAAUAUCAGAUAAACAAGUUGAAAAUUAUAAUUUAAAAUUUAAUGAACAAGAAGAUUUUGUUGAUUUUCCAUCAAAAUGCAACAGGGAUACUUCUAUUUCUAAAAAUACUAAUAAUUCUCAAAUUUAUCAUUUCAAAAAUAUAGAUCAUAAUGUUAUACCAGCUAGUACUAUGUUAAACAGUGAUCAUAAUAAUUUAGAAAAGACUAAAGAAAUAGCUUUACUUUUAAAAAACAAUUUUGAUUCGGAAAUAGAAAAUAAAUUGCAUAAUCAACAAAAAAAGUCUUUUAUUGAUGAAAGUAUACAGUCUUACUUAUGCGAUCAAAAUAACUGGGAAAGUUCAUUUAAUUUUAAGCAUCCAAAAUUAUUUUUAUCGAAUCAUUUUAUUCAAGAUAAUUCUGAAAAUCUAAAUGAAUUUGUAUUUCGUUCUUCAUUAGCAUCUUUUUCUCAACCAUAUAUAUUACAACAACAAAUAUCGCUUUUGCAAUUGCAUAAAGAUUUAAAAACAUUAUUAGAAAAAGAUUCUGUUAAUAAAAAUUCUCUUCAUAUGACAAAUAUUGAUUUGAAGAUUGAAAAUACCGAAAAUUGUAACCUUCCUACGGUUUUCGAUCCUCCAUUUUCUAUGACUUUAUCUCCAUUAAAACUCAAUUGUUCUAAUUUAUAG